AUGGAUCAGAAACGUCUCGCCCAACUCGGUCACCGUCAAACGUGGCUCAGUGCCCAGAUUGCUGAGGGUUUUAUCCAGAUUGCCCCCAGCCAGAUGAUAGGCAGAAUACUCCUGCACAUACGAAACGCUUGUGAUGAAGCAAAGAUGACAAAUUUGCCCACCGAGAUCCUCGUUAUCCUCUACGGCUUCGGAAACCCUGCAAUCGGCUGUCAUAUGGAUUGCACCAAAGACCUCCUUAAGCCUGGUGCAAUGAUCACUCCUACCAAUAUUCUCAACGCAUUGCUCCCAGGCCGAGAUGUAACUUUGGCCAUGCGCGUGUUUACUACGAAACACUGGGUGCAUGCUUACGGGCUGCACAGAAUGAAGCUUGACGAAGUUAAGAAGGUUUAUCCAGAUGCCUACAAAAAAGCCAGCGAGGAUGGAACAUUGAUCAAGCAAAAUUUUACCGAAGAAGGCGCCUUUGAAUACCGGAAUCCAAAUGAGGAGAAGAUAAUAUCGGAAAAACGUCACUACGAGCUUGCGCUCUGGUUUCGAGAAGGCCUCGAAAAGGACACAGAUGGUACCACGGUAGUCAAGGACAGAAUAUUAGAAUUCAUGGACCCGUAUCCUCGGGAGACAAAGCUGAAAUACUUGGUCAGGGUAGCCUCGUUGGCAACGGUAGUGAACUUCCGGCUGUCAAUGGCAUUCUUGACGGAUAACAUGGUUGCUCACUUCAAACUCAAACGCCCUAUGCAGCAGACUUGCCUCGAGUGGGAGAUGUGGAGGUGGCUCGAACGCCAAGCUAAUCUCACACGCUCUAAUGGAUAUUACGACUUGUUCAAAGAUCAGAUGGAUAUCGAGGACGGGGCCGAACUACCAUGUAGUGGAUAUACCCGAUUCUACCUUUAUCUACGUGCAGCUCACCAUGAAACAUACUUAGCUGAAGAAGAAGAAGGGAGACAUACAGUAGAACACAUCGAAAGUGUCUUGGAGGAUAUGGAACUUGUCUUUGAUUACGUACUAGACAAGGUCCAGGAGGAAAUACUCGAUCCCUGCGACGAGAUCAUUGAAAAUACGAAAAAGCAGUACGGAAAUGAGGCACAGUGGGAUAUAACUCAGCUACCAGACUUUUGGCCGGAGGGUGUGCAACGUGCUAUGCGAGCAUUAGUCGACUUGAUUUAUGAUCAACGUCCAGUAGGCUACACCCAGGAGUAA